ACUUGUUGGAAUACACUAGCAGUGAAAAAAAAAAUAAGCUUUUGUUCAUUUUACUUCGCUGAGUUUACUAGAUCUAUACCAAAGUUGACAUUGCUGCACAAAGUUUACUUCAUCAGCAUUCAUAAGACAACAGCCGACAACACAAGAAAUUCCAGCCAACACAGAGAGAGAGAUUGACCAACUGAUCCACUAAACAAACAGUUACUGCAGGAAUUAGAUCAGCUGUGUGCGAGACAAUCAGAGCUUUGUGACGUUGCACACACAAUUUGCUGACGUUUUAAACACAAAAAAUGGCAGCCGUGACGAUAUACCUUGGACUUGUAAUUAUCGCCCUUGUCUACGCUUACUUCAAAAUGUUUUACCGUCGCCUACGACCCGGCGAGCCCCCUCUUGCCCCGGGACAUUUUCUUUGGGGAAACGGCAAGCAGUUCACCGAGCACGCCGUCAAGUUCCUCCACCAGGCGCACAAGAAGUGCGGCGACGUCUUCACCAUCCGAUUCCUCAACCAGUACUGGACAAUGGUGCUCGACAUCCACAGCUACGAGAAGUUCGCCAAGGAAAAGAACUUUGACUUCGACGCCAUCCAAGAGCAGGUGAACCAGAACGUGUUCGGGUACCAGCUGGUCGAUGCCAGGAAGAUGAUUAGCGAAGCCGGGCAGAAGGUUAACGGGAAGCAUCUCUUCACAUCCCUGGAGAACUUCGCCAAGAAUUUGACCGAAGCUUUCAAAGAAACGGCGUCCGAGAUGGACCACGCCGGGAAAGUCAUCCCCAGUAACAACAACAACAAAAACCUCAAGCAAGAUGCGUACGACAAUCUUCAGAACGAGAUCAACCACGCUAAAGAUUCCAGCUACUUCAUCAACUCCCAGAACUCGCUGACACACCCCCAGUACAACCCCGACGCCUGGUGUGAAGACAACUUAAGAAAUCUGGCAUCCAAGACCUUCUUCUCCCCCGUCUUCUACACCAUCUUCGGUCGCGGCGAGCCGGGCAAGGAGGGCAACUUCCACCCGCAGGUGUUCCACAAGAACUUUGACCAGUUCCACAAGUACUUCAACUUCCUGUGGUUUGGUAUGCCUGUGCAGAUGUUCCAGCAAGCCGUGGAGGCUGUGGGGAUCCUCGCCCAGCAACCAUCCAGCUCCGACAUGAUGAACAGAGACGGAUGUUCAGACUACAUCAAGUUUGCCACGGAGUUCAUGCUCAAACACAGCCAAUCAGAGCGCGACAUCAUCUGCCACAACCUCGUGUUCCUUCACGUCAACUACAACACGUUCCGCGCCGUGUACUGGUGCAUGUACAAGUUGAUGGAGGACGCCACUGUCAUGGCCGCCGUCAGGAAGGAGGUGGAGGAAGUGGUCGAGGCUAAGCGCACGGGCGCCAACUCUUCUGAAUACGAAGCUGAGUUCACAACCGAGGACAUCAACAAACUGCCCGUAGUUGAUUCCUACCUGAAGGAGAUCAUCAGAUGGACGAGUGGCGUGUUCAUGGUGCGCAAGUGUGUGGAGGACACGAGUUUCACCACCGACAAGGGGGAGACAUUCAACAUCAGGAAGGGGGACAAGGUCGCUAUUUACCCACCAGUCUUCCACCACGAUCCAGAAAUCUUCGAAAGCCCCGAGACUUUCAAGUACGAUCGAUUCAUCGAUGCUGACUUCUACAAAAACGGCAAGAAGAUCAAGCACCCCCUGAUCGGGUUCGGAUCCCUGUGUCCCGGCCAGAAGCUGUCCAUGCUGCAGAUCAAGUGGUUCAUCAUCAACAUCGUCAACAGCUUCAAGCUGGAGCUGGUGGAAGGCGAGAGAACGGCUCCCCACACGGGCAUGUACGGCCACGAGAUCCUCCCGCCCACCAAUGACGUCCAGUGCAGGUUCAAACCCAGGGAAGGCGCCUGCACGCUCAAGUACGUCAACAACUACGGCUCCAACGGCAGCAAGGGGCUCGGUGGCAUUUCCUCCGGCAACAUGUUGUGAGAACUCUGCUUCACCUGACUUUUAAUUUUAGCAUCAUGAACUUUAAACAAACGAAAAAAAACGUUCAAUAGGGAAUUCCCUAUACAGAUUUUGUUUUGGAUGCUAUAAAUAAACCGAAGGUCAGAAGCCAAGCUGUAUUAAGCUGACAGCAUUAAAGCUUAUGACUUAGACAGCAGGUUCCUGAAUGUGGAUCUUAGACUUUCCAGCACCCUCCUCAAGUCAAGAUGGUAUGGGGAUGGUUCGAAGACUGGAGUGGGUCCUUUCACGGACAGACUAACACGUAGAAACAAUCAAUCCAAGUAAUGUUGUAUUUUAUUGUGUCCACAAUAGCACUAAUACUGUGACCAUAUUUAUGUGUUCUACUCAAAUUGUUGCUAUGUAGUCAUUGAGGUUAACUUUAUGACGAUUUAAAAUCCUAUAGACAGACAUUAGUAGACUAAGGUUUGGGUACUAAAAUAAAACGGAAACUACAAAGACAAACAACAGUAGACUAACGUUUGGGUACUAAAAUAAAACGGAAACUACAAGACAGUUAAAAGUAGACAUGUUUGGCACUAGAAAAAACCUGAAACUUAUAAGACAGUCAAUACUAGACUUAUGUUUGGCACUAGAAAAAAACCUGAAACUACAAAGACAGUCAAUACUAGACUUAUGUUUGGCACUAAAAAAAACCUGAAACUAAAAAGACAGUCAAAAGUAGACAUGUUUGGCACUAGAAAAAUUCCUGAAACUAAAAAGACAGUCAAUACUAGACUUAUGUUUGGCACUAGAAAAAAAACUGAAACUAAAAAGACAGUCAACAGCAGACUUAUGUUUGGCGCCAGAAAAAAAAACAACUGAAACUACAAAGACAAAGACAGACGAACGUGAGUAGUAAUACAAUACUCAUGCGAGGGUGAUUCGAAGCAUUUAUAAUAGAAUUGUUAGCCUGACUGAGCAAAUGAGAUGUAUGUUAGAGUUUUGGACGAGACUUGUACGUUUCUUGAAAGCGGUGCGUGUGCGAUGAAUAUCCACUUAAAGACUCUUAGAUUUUUAUCAUAACAUGUAAAGUGUAUGAAAGUUUGAAUUAUUUAGUGUGGAUGUUUUGAGCGUAUGUUUGAAGUGUCUAGUCCAAUAUGUCAAGUCCAAAAUGUCGUCCAAAAUGUCAUGCAUGAAAUGCCUUGUUGGAUCAUUAUUUAGUACCAAUCGUUAUAUUAACAAGCUGAUGAGCUGUGAUCUCAAGUUCUUAGUUUCAAUACUGUACAUAGUUUCGCCAGUUGUUUCAAUACUGUACAAAGCAUUGCCAUUUGUUUGAAUACUGUACAUAGCAUUGUGAAUACGUAUUUUAGUUUAGAAGCCUUAUGUCCAUUUUACUUUACCUGUUGACAUUGUAGUUUUAUUUAUAAAGUAACUUAAUUCAUCAAUUAUUUAUAUGCAAGGUAUUCUCUAAUCAUAUUUUAUUGCCAGAUCAAUUUUUGAUCCUUUCCAUUAUAUUCAUGGCCAAAAUAUUAUUUUUUCGGUUGAUUACAGAAUACACUUUACUGCUAAAAUAUGUUUGUAUUGCAAGUAGAGAAAUUUUUUUCGUCCUCAAGAUUUUAAAGUUGAAUUAAUAAUAUUAACUGUUUUAUAUUAUUGUUGGCCCCCUGCUAAUUACAAAUUUGUUUUUUUAGCAUCACAUUUAGAAUUGGUUUUAAAAUGUUAAAGUGCAAGUAUGAUCUCUCUAAUGUCUAUUGGGAAAUUAGUUUCCGUAUACUGCGCUGUUAUUUAUAGAAUUUCAAAAUCCCAUUUUUUAAACAGUGUAACUUAAAAUAAUAAUCAACCAAUUGCUUUAUGAAUUUCUUAAAAUGAAUUUUUAAAAAUCUAAGUAUAACUCGUGGCUAAAAUUUCAUAUAAACACAUUUUGGAAUGUGAAUCAAAUUCUGUUUUUUUUAAAAAUCUGGUUGGGUAACUUGUGUUGGGGGGGGGGGGGGUAACUAGGAUAUUGUGUAAUAGAGAGGUCGGGUAGAUAACUGCAAUACAACAUAAUGUGUAUAUAUGUAGAUAUGUCGCGUUGGAUUUGAAAAUUAAUCUCAUGUACCCAGCCUACCUGGCAAAUAGUCUUCUGUUGUGUACCAUUUGAAUUUGACUAUACUUGUGUAGAAAUCUGGCAUAGGGUUCACUCUGAAGCUAGCUCCCCAUCCAGCAGGAUGUGUCGUGUUGGUCCAACAUCCAGCACGAUAUAUUGGCCCAUCAUCCAGCAGUAUGUGUCGUGUUGGUCCAACAUCCAGCACGAUUUAUUAGCCCAUCAUCCAGCAGGAUGUGUUGGUCCAGCAUCCAACAGGAUGUGUUGGUCGUUCAGCAGGAUGUGUUGGUCCAGCAUCCAGCAUGUCGUGCCAUGCUAGUUGAGCAUCUCUAGAAUCUCCUUAAGGUUGUGUUCUGUACCAAUUGACUCCCCUUAUGUUACUCUGUGUACUUUAUAUUUACUGGUUAGAUAAUUACAUACUUUAUACACUUUAGUGAUAUAAAUUGGUCCCUUUCUUGUUUAAACUGAACCCAUAUUAUUAUUUUUAUUUUACAUUUUCGUUGAAUAUAUUAAUAUAUAUUACAAUGACUUAUUGCAAUGAAAUUAUUUAUGAUAUUUUUUGUUACGUUAGAAUUGAAUAACGUCAUUGUUUACCUAUAUGUCAGCUAACCGAUUUUGUUGAAAUUGAAGCGUUGUUACAGUGCUGUCUAUUUAUAGAUUGUACUCACCAUUACUGUUUUAUUACUUUGACAUAUCAAAAGGUCAAACUUACCUGCAUUUUGCCAGUACGUGUAUACGAGCGUGUUGCCAUGACAAAGUUGUCAAUGCUGAGAAAAUGUUUUUUUUUUUUAAAUUAAUUUGCAUUUAUUUGAACUGUUAGUUAUUUAUGAUUUAAGUUGUGUCCAGUCUGUAUAUAAUCUCAGGUGGUCGUUAUCAGGGCGAGGAAGGACCUUAGGUCCAAGUCCGCUCUAUCCCUCUACCUCCCAGCUCCCACACCCCACUUCCCACAUCAGACGAUCCAUCCCCCCACACUCACUCCACACCCACCCGUAAUUCACUCAUGAAACUAACCUUAAUCCUAACUUGGGCUUAAACCUAAGGUUCAUAGCAUAAUCAUUGUAUAAUAGCCAUGUCUUUAAUUUAUUGGUAUUUUUUUAUCAACAUCUAAUUUAUUUUGGUCAUGCUCGUGUUUAGCGGACCUCCGAGAAGACACGAAUUAAUUUAUUACAACCAUUUUAUGUAAAGUCUUGUGUGUAAAAAUUGUUCAUUGCUUGCUGAUUGAUGCUCACAUAAAAAUUAUUUAUUCUAAAUUAA